CAAGUGGCCCCGUUUUGUCGGACUUUAUCUUCAGGGUAGCUUGCAAAGGCCCAGGAAGCUUGAUUCAAGCGCCGCACUGGGGUAAAUCCUCUCUGAAGAACGACAAAAAACAGAAAAAUCCUGUGAAAUUCGGCGCCGAGAUGAGCUCAACAGCGAAAACUGAGGUCGAAGAUGCCAAGCAGGCACUGAUGGUGGCGCUGGGCGAUAAAUGGGCCGUAUAUUUGGCCAACAUGAAGAUGUGGUUUCGCAAGAAAAGUUCCAAGGAAGAGUUUGAUCUGGAAAGCCGCCGCCUUCUCGAUCGUAGCCAAACCCAUCUACACAACCGCUUUCUGUUGGCCAUCCUUAACAAAAUUGACGCCGUCGUACCGCCACAAUCUUCUACGGCCAACGCGUUCGAUGGCAUGCACAACGCCAGGCCAUGCGAGGACCACUCGUUACUGCAGCAGCACGAUGGACGGAGUGGCAAAAAACGGAAGCGCUCCAGCAAGUCCUCUAGCGAGCGGGCCACCUUCGCGCCCACACCCCUGCAUGAGUACAUUGCCAGUGAACCGGCCAGCGAAACGGACCUAUCGAGUGGCCAGCAACAGCAGAGUGUACCGAGCAUACGUUAUGCUGCGCAGGAGCUUUUCCUUCCUGAUCAUGGACUCGUGCUCGGUCGGUUGUUGGUAGGCGCGUGGGAGAAUGGUCUGGCCAGUGCAGAGGACGGCGCGGUCGAGCUCAUCGUAAAUGCCGUUCAAGUUUUGCUGAAAAACAUUCUAACGGCUACGAUAUUGGCACGCAAGGACAGUCGGCUUACAGGGAACGGUACGUUUUUCUACGACGUCGGGUAUGAGCUGAAGCACCCGUUUGUCAGGAAUACGGUAACCAAGAGCAAAAUUGACGAUGAGCCCAUGGACUUGGACAAAGAAAUCACCACGGUUUCAUACCUGAAGCCGCCCCCGGGCGAAUCGUUAUUCCUAGCAGGCUGUGAGCAGUUGUAUCCUAGGGUAAACCAAAAAAUCAGUGCUUACGAAGUGUACCGAGCGCUGCAGGAUCGGAACAUCAUACCAUCGCAUUCGGUGUACUCUAUGAACAUUGAAAGGAUCUCUAGCCAACUGUCGUAAUUUGUUCUUCAACUAAAAAUGCUAUCUCCUUCGGUACGGACUUACCUUUGGAGAGAUGGUCAAGCGUUGCUGCGUGUAGAUAUUCGUCUGUUUAUUUUAAUAUUAAUUUAAUUCAAUAUAUUUUCAU